AACUAAAUAGCUAGGGGGAUUCAUUCCCGAGUGACUCUUUCCUGCUUAAGAAAACCGAUUAAUUUCCUGCUUUAUUUCUGCUUUUAGUUUAAACAACAAUCACUUACUCUAGUUGGCUAGAUAACAGAGAAUCACUGAGUAAGCAGUAGAUCUAGAGCCCGGGUUGAUAAUAUAACUUGCCUGUUAUUGCAUUCCCGGUCUGCGAUUACACUUGGUCACAGAUUGGUGUUGUGUUUUGGCGUGUCAAGUUUUUGGCGCCGUUGCCGGGGAACCCUCUAGGUUAUUGGGGAAACGUGAGAAUUUGUUACUCUAGCUUUUUAUUUACUGCAUUUUAUCUCUUCCACCUGUGUGCCUUCACGGGUUGUUUCUGCUGAUUGUGUGCAGGUAGUGCAUGACCCGUAGCCAGUCGGGAGAUCUACUACCACUAGAACAGGAGCUUGAACGAACCUGCAGAAACUUCAAGCGGGCUCUAAAGGCGCGACUGGCUGCGGAAGAGGCGCUAUCACAGCUGCAGUUAGAGGAGGAAGAAGAAGAGAUGGCUGAACCAGGGAACCAUGAUAUGAUCCCUGAGGAGCAAACCAUGGGAUCCUACUGGACCGCUAGAGCUGCGGACAUGAGGUCACCCAUUCAGCAUCCUCAUGUCCCAGCCAACAAUUUUGAGGUGAGCACCUCAGUAAUCACCAUGCUGCGUGGUUCAGUGGUGUUCCGUGGUAAGGAGGGGGAGUGCCCCCGAUCACAUCUCCGGCGAUUCCACGAGCUCAUUGAUGGAAUCAAGAUCGAUGGGGUACCCGCAGAUGCCAUCCAGCUGAGGUACUUCCCAUUCACUCUGGAGGGGCAGGCCAAGGAGUGGCUAGACACUCGACCUCCAGGCUCCAUCACCACGUUCGCCAACCUGGCGGACAAGUUCCUCACCCGCUACCAUCCUCCGUCCAAGACGGCGGACUUGCAGAAGCAGAUCACCCACUUCACCCAGGAUGAAGAUGAGACCAUCCGGGAUGCUUGGGAGAGAUACAGCAGUCUCUUCCUAAGAUGUCCCAAUCAUGGUUUCAACGAUGCUUUCAAGGUGGGAACCUUCUAUCAUGCCCUCUUCCCGGAGGACAAGCAGCUGAUUGAUUCUGUCUGUGGCGGGAACAUGCUGACCAAAACACCGCCACAGCUGAAUCAACUCUUUGAGGAGAUGGCGGAGAACGGAUACGAUUGGGGCACUGCCAGGAGAUCGAGACGAGCACCGGGACGGGGUGUGCAUGUUGUAGGCACCCAGUCAUCUGAUUUGGUGCAGGUGGUAUCGAAGCUGGUGUCAGCUAUCGACCGUUCUGGUUUGAUUGCAGGUACAGGCCAGCCGCAGGCGAUGCUCUGCCAGUGGUGCGAGAGCACCCAUCACAUUGUGGAAGACUGCCAAGCGAUGAAGGAAUCGACAACACCCCAGGAGCAGGUGAACUUCAUCAACAAUGUUAGGCGCAACGACCCCUACAGUAACACCUACAAUGAGGGGUGGCGCCAGCAUCCUAACUUCUCCUGGGGUGGGGCAAAUUCCAGACCACCAGUUCCCCAGGGACCACCGGGCUUCCAGAGGCCACCAUAUCAGCCCAGACAGGGGCAAUUCCAGCAGCCACAACAGUCUCUCUACCAGCCCAUGCAGGGGCAUGCUGCUCCAUCACAGCCGCGACCUUUCCAGCAGCCAGGUGCAGCCCCUGCCGCCCCAGUGCAGAAUGAUCAGAUGGCUGAACUGCAGGAAUUGGUGGGUUCUCUGGCCACCUCCAGUGCGAACAAGUUCAAUAACAUCGAGCAAUUCAUGGAGAAAGCUUCAGGCAAAUUCUUGGAGCUAGAAGCUGGUCAGAGAAAUACACAGGCUGUGCUGCGGGAUAUACAGACCCAGCUUGGGAGUGUUGCCCAGGCUGUAGCACAAAGGGCUCCUGGCACUUUGCCCGGUCAGACCAUUCCUCACCCUCAGAACCCGAAUGAGCACUGCAAUGCCAUCAUGACCAGGAGUGGCAAGAUGACUGUUGAUCCACCUGCUCGGGCGCAAGAGAGAGAGGCCCCUGCCUCGGCAUCUCCAGCAGCUGAAGAAGAAGUAGAGAAGGAGGUUGAGGUGCCUGCACCUAAACCGCAACCAGUAGUGAAGGAGUAUAUCCCUAAACUCCCCUUCCCUACUCGGUUGCACAAAGACAGGCUGGAGGCAGAGUUCGAGAACUUCAUGGCCAUGCUUAGGAAGCUGAAUGUUCAAGUGCCUUUCCUGGAGGCACUAUCUCAAAUGCCUAAGUAUGCGAAGUUCCUGAAGGAGCUUCUUUCAAAGAAGCAGAAGUUGAGCGAGCUGGCCACUGUGGAGCUCAGCGAGGAGUGCUCGGCCAUUCUGCAGAACAAGCUUCCGCAUAAGCAGAAGGACCCAGGUAGUUUUACUAUCCCGUGCUCUAUAGAGAAUUUGCAUGUAGAGAGGUCCUUGGCGGAUCUAGGUGCUAGUAUAAAUGUUAUGCCAUAUAAGCUGUUUAAGAAACUAGGCCUAGGUGAACCCCGUGCUACUAGGAUGAGUCUUCAAUUAGCUGACCGAUCUGUAGUGCAUCCUAGGGGCAUAGUGGAAGACCUUCUGGUUAAGGUUGGCAAAUUCAAUUAUCCUGUUGAUUUUGUGAUUUUGGACAUAAAUGAGGAUGUGAAUGUGCCAUUGAUACUAGGAAGGCCUUUCCUGGCCACCGCCAAGGCCCUCAUAGAUGUGCAUGAUGGGACCUUAGUUCUGAGGGAUGGUGAGGAGCGAAUAACAUUUUCAAUUUCUAAUACACAUCCUGCUUCCUCGCCUUUGCAUGCUGUAUCUCACCAGGAGCACGAGUCUGUCGUGUAUCCUCAUGUGCUGCCUAUUUUGCAGGAUCCGCCUCCCAUACCUUCGCCGCCACUCCCGUCCAAUCCGUCAUCGAAGGAACAAAUCAGGGAGGAGUGGCGGCCGAAACAGCAGGCAGCUAAGCCUGCUCGGAAGAAGGCCGGAGACCACUAUGAGCUGGUCCCGCCCCCACCUUGGCCAUCCGAGUAUUCACUCGCUUGCAUCUUGCCGGAUGGCCAAGUUGAAUUGGCAAAUGCUGGUGGCCACAUUCGGCGGGUACAUGGCCACCAGUUGAAGUUGUACCUCAAGAGCGAGGUGGAUCCGCUCUUGAAGGCACCUGCUCCUUCACCUCACUGAGCAUCCACAGACUGGCGUCCAGCUAAAAGACGGUAAAGAAGCGCUUGUGGGGAGGCAACCCCACUGAGGUUUGCAUUUUCUUACUCUUUUUCCUUUGAUUUAGUGUGUUUUCUUUUUCAUUUUAGACUUUUGUGUGUUUGCUCCAUGUGUGCGGAGCUUGAACUUAGUGUCGUUUGUUUUUGUUUUUGGUUUUUCCUUUGUGGUUUGAUGUAGCCGUCUGGGCUAACACUUAUCCCUAACGCACAGUGUGCUAGUGUGUUUCUGAUGUUCGAUUUGUGCAGCAUUGUCCACUCUCCCGUUCGUUUCUCGCUGACUGGUCCACUUCCAGUCCCCCAGCAGUGUUCCCACCCGGUAACAUCGUUCCCCUUAUCUUUCCCUCUGCUCCAUUGAGGGCAAUGUCGUUCUUAAGUGUGGGGGGAUGCUUUGUAUCGGUUGGAAUAUUUAUGAUGGUGCUUGGAGCCUAGUCCGCUGUCCGAAUCUUACGAUUUGAGGGCUCCAAGUACUGCUGUUUGAUCAUAUUGGCACUGUGUUUUGAUGGAUGAAUUGAUUGGUUUUCGGAUUAAUGCAUGACAAUUUGUUUGCGACUAGGACAACCUAUGAUGAGGACUGAGAUGUGCAGUAGAACGAUGUAGGGGUUUAGUUUUUCAACUGUUUGCUUGACAACUGUGACUUGAUCUGACUUGCUCUGAUUACUUGUCCUUGACAGUCAUUUAUGCAUCUAGUUCAGGGUAUCAGAAUGUGAGAUAGAGCAUAUAGGUAGCCAUGUGAGAUUUGAGCCUGCUCGUUUCUUUCUUGUGCGAUAGAUCCCUCUUCCAUGAUGUGUAGCAUUCACGUUGUCACUAGCUAAGAUGAUGGGGGCAUAGGAUUAGCCCACGCCCAAAACUGACUGUCCUGAUGUGUCAUAUCCCCUAGUCAGCCCUUUUUGAGCCGUGUGUCAUCCUUUCUUUUGGUCUAUAAUGGAAAAAAAUCACCCUUGUUGCAUCUUUUAGAAGGUUCCACAGAGUGGUUUUUUAUAUAUUGGAGGUAGUGCUUAAAAGUUGGGCAGGUGUUUGAAGUUUAUGCAGAAGUGGUGGCUCUCUUAAGAAAUGAAAAGAAAAAUGAAAGUGAAACAAAGAAAAAAAAUUGAAAGUAAAAGAGAGCCACUACCAAAAAUCUGAAUAAUGCCCCGUAAGUAGU